AUGAUUACUGCUCACUCCCGUGCUGCUUUCGUAGACAAGUGUCGGAAGAUGACAACAAAUGUUCAAGAGAGCCAACGCAGACUGCACAAAGAGGCAAGCCCAGCUCGCAUGAAAAGAGAUGAGGACGACGUAAAGAAAGUUUUCGAAGUAAUCAGUACCUGGCGCAACCCGUUUGAACCAUUUGAGGAACUUCUUAGUCUUAGCUCUGGGUAUGUUGCCAGUGAAAGUAUGAAGGCCGACCUGCUCCUGGCAAAAGAGAAGGGCACAACAGCUUUGACGGCCUUCGUAGAAGAAAGACUGGUGACAAAUUCAACAGGACUCUUUUAAACAGUCCCCAAACUAAAGCUAGGAAGUUUCAGUGACGCACAGAAGAAGACCUCUGUAACAGCAGGAGAGAGGAACUUCAUAAUCAGAGUAGACAGGAACUUAUUUGCCCGCCUUCUAGUCAGAUGGACCUCAAAUAUUUUCUGAGUCACGAGCUUGGUCCCUUCCAUGGUCAUUGGCUUCAUCCAAUGGUUCAUUAGCCAAGACAAACAAGGCAAUUCUUUCCCAGCUACUCGAAAAUGGAGUAGAAUGCCUGCCGACUUUACCUGAUCUGACAACAGCUGUCAUCAUAGACACCAUGGCGAUGCUGCAGACUCUAGUAAGGAUACCUGAUAGAUUUUCUGAGCUGGCAGACAUGGUGAUGACCAGAAUUCUGAUAGAGGCUGGAGAGACAGCAAGAAUCGACUUUGUAGGAGACCAAUAUCCAGCUAACUCAAUUAAAAACAUCGAGAGGAACAAGCGAGGCAGAGAUGGUGAGAGAGUCAUUAACAUUACCAAUGGUCAACAGUUCUGCCCUCGUCAGUGGAGAAAGUUCAUGGCAAAGGGGAGCAACAAAACCGGUCUCUUAAACUUUCUUGCACGUGAGUGGUCACAAAAUGCGGUUUACGCCGAGAAAAUCAAAGAACGCACUCCCUUUAUCACUCAUGGAGACAAUUGCACCAAACUCUCCGCCUCUGAUGGUACAAUUACUGCAUGCACAGUCUUGGAACUUUGCAGCAAUCAAGAGGAAGCUGAUACCAGGAUGCUCCUCCACGCAAAUCAUGCUUCUCAAAAUGGACAUCAGCACAUUGCUAUAAGGUCAUCUGAUACAGAUGUAGAAGUUCUAGCUUGCUGUUACCAAGCUGUCAUUACUACAUAACACUGAUCAGCGGCACUAAAAGCAGAUCUCGCAUUGUGAGUAUCCGACAAGUAUGUGAAAAGCUUGGCCAAGAGAUAUGUGAAGUACUUCCAAGCCUACAUGCCAUAACCGGUUGUGAUAGUGUCAGUGCUUUUGCUACCAAAGGAAAGAAGAAGGUACUUGAUAUUGUACAGUUGAAUCCAGCUCUGAGGCAAAUUGUCAGUAGUCUUGGUGAGAGGCUCCCUCCAAAUGAAGAAGAUUUAAAGAAGAUGGAACGAUUUGUUUGUGCCUUGUACAAUGACCCUAGAUGCAAUGAUGUAAACGAACUCGGGUACAAGUUGUUUUGCAAGAGCAAAAACCUGCAGUCACACCAGCUUCCACCAACAAAAGGAGCUCUGACAUACCACCUCAAGCGUGCUAACUAUCAGGCCUUCCUCUGGAAGCAUGCCCUAGAGACACAAACAGACCAGGCGCCCGAUGGCCAUGGUUGGCAGAUGAAAGAAGGCCAACUGGAAAUCUACUGGACUAACCAGGCACCAGCUUCCGAUGCUGUGAUGGAGCUUGUAUGCUGCGGCUGCAAAGGAUUGUCUCAAACACGACGCUGCUCUUGUGUUGUCAAUAGUCUUCCCUGCACUGAGGCAUGUACAUGCCAAGAUAACUGUGUCAAUUGUGUUAGCAAGGAAGAUAGUGAAGAAGAUGAUGAUAGUGAUGAC